AAUACUUUCGGCUUCGCGCAUGCGCGCUACAUCAUCCACCUUUAAAGCAUGUCAACAAACACAACGUGACCUCGUACCGAAGCUUCCUCGCGUCUCAGUUAUGAUCGUGUAUGUCCGCUUUAACUCCAGUCAUCCCGUGGCGGUGGAGGUGGAAGAAGGGACAAGUGUAUCCGAGCUGAAGGAGACGGUGGGACGGUUGCAAGGUGUUCAGCCUGAUCAGCUGCGGGUUAUUUUUGCUGGAAGAGAGCUCAAUAGUGAUUCCACCUUAAAGGCUUAUGAUCUGCCAGAGCAGAGCACAGUACAUGUGGUGUUACCUCCAGCUGGUUCCAUACGUCGCUCCGAGCUGGUGCUGCAGCGCAGACUGAGCAGAGGAAUAGACAGUCUGACCAGACUGGACCUCAGCGCCUCAAGACUGCCUGCCACCUCCACUGGCCUCGCUGUCAUCCUGGAGAAUGAAGACUCGGACACGCAAACAGAGCCCAAACCACACAGCACUUUCUAUGUCUUCUGUAAAACGGCGUGCAAGUCUGUUCAGCCAGGGAAACUGCGUGUACGCUGCCAAAACUGCAAGCAAGGAACUUUUACACUGAGCCGGGGACCCUCAUGUUGGGAUGAUGUCCUUCUUCCAAAUAGGAUUCAUGGUGUGUGCCAGUCAGAAGACUGUGAUGGACGAGUGGCGGAGUUUUACUGGAAGUGUGCGGCUCAUCCCACUUGUGAUGACGACACAUCGGUUGCACUGGAUUUGAUCAUGACCAAUGUGCACCACGUCCCCUGCAUCGCCUGCACUGACGUUAUGAGUCCUGUUCUGGUGGCUCAGUGUGCCGAGCGUCAUGUGAUCUGUCUGGAUUGUUUCCACGUGUACUGUGUGACCCGACUGAACGAUCGACAGUUCAUCCAUGACCCUGCGGUGGGCUACUCACUCCCCUGUGCUGCUGGAUGCCCGGACUCCCUCAUUAAAGAGUUACAUCAUUUCCGGAUCCUGGGAGAUGAGCAGUAUGAACGGUACCAGCGCUAUGCGGCGGAGGAGUGCUUGCUGCAGAUGGGGGGAGUUCUGUGCCCUGCUCCAGGCUGUGGGGCGGGUCUCUUCCUUGAGGAUGACCGCAGGAGGGUGCAGUGUGAACUGAAAGAUGGCCUUGGAUGUGGGUUUGUGUUCUGUCGGGACUGUAAGGAGGAGUACCAUGAAAGCGAGUGUAGACUGCAGUCUGCCACUGCAACAGGAGGUCCCAUGCAGGGUUAUGUGGUUGAUGAAGAUGCUGCCCUGAGGUCCCGUUGGGAACAAGCCUCACAGGACACUAUAAAAGAAACAACACGGCCCUGUCCCAAAUGCAGAGUCCCUGUGGAGAAGAAUGGUGGCUGUAUGCACAUGGUGUGUCCUCGAGUGCACUGCAAGUUCGAGUGGUGCUGGCUGUGCCGUGUGCAAUGGAACAGAGACUGUAUGGGCAGCCACUGGUUCGGAUGAGCCGCUGUAUAUGCCAUGUGUACCUGUGUAUGUGAAUAAAAAUUACAGACCAAUGGUCUGUAUUUGUCUGUAUCGUAUUGCACAUUAAAUCCUAUUCAAUUUAUUUAAA